GUAGCAGUUUUUGUUCUCCCAGCACCACUUGURAUUUACGAAUWAUUUGGCCUUUUCCGUUGMGAAAUUGAAAGUGCAGUUGCAUCAUUAUUUUAUCUGAUYAUAUCUUUCAUCGGUGAGUAUUCAAUAUGUUUUGUUUGUUGACGAGGCAAUGACUACCUGCUAUCUUUGUUGUAAUCGACGACGAAAUUGCCUCGGGAACAACUGCGCCAGUCUACAUUUCUCCGAUGGGGCAGUGUAGCAGUAUUGUCUUCCAYCAUGCUUUUAUUCGGUUCCAUCGGGUAGCAGAACUUGUUGAAAGAACCAAGCGGGUGGCAUUUCGAUCCUAUAGGAAACCMUCGAAUGCUGGCAUCGGACCAUAACCAUGGAGGACGAGCACUGUCACACAAUUCUAUUUUGAUGCAAAAUGCACUGGAUUUUCGACCGGUUUUAUUUCCCAUAGGCAUCAUCCAUGAUCUUCAUUGUAUUAUACAAUCAAUUAUCGCGAYGACCGAGUCCAUCGGGCAGGWCGAGGAACCAGCUCCGAAAAWUAAMCGACAAGWGAAGUCCUUGUUGAUCUCAACCUUGCCUUUAUGUCUUGUUUCUAUAUCUCGUUCUUUUUGAAUGAUAMCACCAAAGAUACCACUUUCACGUUCAAAAAUUCAUUCCGAWACCAUGCGCUUCGCUAUUGGCUCUCUCGCAACUCUUGCUACCCUUGGAUCAUGUAGAAAUGAUGAAGGUCACAAUGGGAAUCACGAUCGAGGURACGGAAAGAACAAUYUAUCUGGUUCCAAAACCAUGAAGCUCUCGAGCCCCAUUUUGGAUGCCCAGGUUUUCGAUGGUACUAGAWCCAAAGUGCUCCGAAACAGAAACAAUCCAACUGAGACCAAUAGUCAUYCCGCUAGGGAGAAUGACCAUCUAUCUGCCUCCCCUGACUUUGGGAUUUUCAAUUCAUCGAGAGACAGAGUUGACAACAAAGACCGUUUCAAUAACUUUCACCAGGGAGCCUACUCUACUGAUCCUAUUACCUACAACCAUUCCAGAAACAAGGAGUACCGUAAGCUUCAGAAGAGGAAUGACUGUAUUACAUCUUGUCCGAAUGGGCGUCCCGUUAUUGGUGUGAAUGGGAAUGAUUUCUGGGCCCAAAUCAGUACCUGUAUUAGUUACUACRACAACACAGACUGCAAUUAUAGCCUUCCGCUGAACUGCUGGGACACGUCCGGCAUCACAGAUAUGUCAAGAACACAUACAUAUGAUAUGUGUUAUGGAGGAGUUAGUGAAGAGGAAUACUUCUUUGAUGAAAAUAUUGAUUGCUGGAAUACGUCUAGUGUGACAAGCAUGAGGGGUAUGUUUCGUGCGACACGCUAUUUCAAUCAGCCCAUCGGUGAUUGGGAUGUGUCUAGUGUAACUGACAUGCACCGUAUGUUUGAAUACAAUAAUUAUUUCGAUCAGCCCAUCGGUGACUGGGAUGUGUCGAAAGUGACUGACACGUCUUACAUGUUUUAUCAAAAUCAAGUUUUCAACCAGCCCAUCGGUGAUUGGGAUGUGUCGGGUGUGGAAAACAUGGCAGAUAUGUUUCUUUACGGUAAUAAAUUCAAUCAGCCCAUCGGGGAUUGGGAUGUGUCGAACGUGACAAACAUGUAUGGUAUGUUUUUGGGUGGAGAGAUUUUUUAUGCGACUCGCUUUAACCAGCCUAUCGGUGAUUGGAAUGUGUCGAAAGUGACAAACAUGGGUUUGAUGUUCAAAGGUACCUCGCAUUUCAACCAGCCCAUUCAAAAUUGGGAUGUGUCGAGCGUGACAACCAUGAACGGAAUGUUUAUGUAUAGCUUUUUCAAUCAACCUAUUGGUGACUGGAAUGUGUCGAGUGUGAAGGAAAUGGYUUCGAUGUUUCACUACAAUCGUGUUUUCAACCUGCCCAUCGGUGAUUGGGAUGUGUCAAGUGUUACAGAAAUGUAUGAUAUGUUUCGAGAUUCCGCUUUCAACCAGCCUAUUGGUAAUUGGAAUGUUUCAAGYGUUGUAACGAUGAACAAAAUGUUUCAUAACAAUGUCGAUUUCAAUCAGCCUAUCGACGGGUGGGAUGUAUCGAGUGUUACAUCCAUGAAUUUGAUGUUUGACAGUGCUAAAACUUUCAAUCAAUGCCURGGUUCGUGGGGCUCUAAGACUCCGAGUUCGGUAGUGGUGAAUGAYAUGUUUGUCCUCACUGRAUGCCCAGGCGAGUGGGAACCAAAUCCYAAUCGAGGACCCUGGUGCCAGACAASCAAAGAAUCCUGUGGCACUCUCUGCACCAACAAGUCGAGCUUCAAAUCCGAGGGCAAAAGAAUGACGUGCGAAGAAUUGCAGGACCUCGGCAAGAASAAGAGGAAGAAAAUGUGCAGGAAAAAACGAGUGGGGAAGGCAUGCCCCGGAGUUUGUAACACUCGGUGCGUUUGUAAGGACAGGGYAAAGUUCCGUAUCAAGAAGAACGAGAACCACGAUUUCAAGGGAAAAUACGAGUGCAAAAAUGUAGGCAAAGACGAGAAGCAGCCCUCCUGCGAAACCGAAUYAAAGAAACGCAGGCUCGUAAAGGAUCUCUGUCCGGAAAAGUGUGGUUAUUGCUUGGCAUGAGGUCCUUUGCCUGUUGAUCAGAAUCCUUUACUGACAGAGACAUGCUUUUCGUCRGAAGAACGGCAACGAAUCGAAAAGGUGAAACCUCAAUGUUGCAUCACAAAAAACGGAUAUCCUCGUGCUACGGCCUGUAUAGAUGUUGUUGAAUCAAAUUUUGUAUUUGAUUGAUUGCAUUGAGCCGAAUGUGUUACCUGCUAUAGAACGCGGGACACAAGCUCCUAAGGAAGGAAUUUAUGCAAAUAAUGUUGGCGAAAAUUAUAAUAGCACGAGUGAAUACACAUCCGUAUUAAAAACUACCAUUUAUC